UUUCCGACAUCCCGUCAACGCAUCACCCGGAUGAUGGGCGUGUUUCUCUCCAACAACAUGUCGGCAUAGGAGUUUCUUGCAAAACUUUACACUAAAUAUUCAGUGAGUUUAGCCGUCCAGCGCUUAACAUUUGCGGGAACAUGGUGUGUGAGCGUGGCGGAAGCGCAGUUAAGCCUUUACGGAAUGGGUUGUUUUGUAAAUGUAUAGUUUUAGUGGCAUUUCUAUGCAUAAACCUCACCGUCUGUGCCUGUGAAAGAAUCGCUCCAGACAGAUGUCUCAUCUGGGGUCCGGGGCUCAACCCCGACGUAGUUUUACCAGUCCGCUACUUCAUUAUUCAGGCGGUCAAUUCAAAAGGAGGAAACCUGACUUCAUCUCCAGGUAGAGACACGUUUAAAGUAAAGAUAAGUCCACUGGACAAGAAGGAGCACAUCCGCAUCCACGUCCCUGCACCUCUGGACAGAGGAGACGGCUCCUUCCUGGUCAGGUACCGGCUCUACGGGACUGUGCUGACGGGCCUGAAGGUUGAGGUCCUCCACCAAGAUGCUGCUGUUGCCAAGUCACCCUACACCAUCCAAGGUCCGGUCUAUCAUGAAUACUGUGACUGUCCUAAACUCGAUGCCUCAGUCUGGCAGAGCACCAUGCAGUGUCCCGCCACAGAGCCUCAGAUCCUGGCCGACUUCACAUCUUUUCCAUCGGUUGACUUGCAGCACCUCAGACAGGAAGUGCCCCAAAGAUUCUCCAACAGAGGCGGUCUCAUUCACUACGCCAUCAUCAACAACCAGCUGUACCGCCGCACUCUGGGAAAAUACACCGACUUUAAGAUGUUCUCAGAUGAAAUGCUGCUCUCUCUAACCAGAAAGGUGAGGGUACCUGAUGUGGAGUUUUACAUCAAUGUUGGCGACUGGCCGUUAGAGACAAGGAAAACAGAUCCUGUUCCAGUUCUGUCAUGGUGCGGCUCAACAGAGACACGGGACAUUGUCCUCCCCACUUACGAGGUUACACACUCCACACUGGAGACCAUGAGAGGCGUCACCAAUGACCUGCUGUCUGUCCAGGGAAACACAGGGCCUCCUUGGAUGAACAAGACAGAUCGUGCGUUCUUCCGUGGCCGGGACAGCCGAGAGGAACGUCUUCACCUGGUCUCUCUGUCCAAGAAAAACCCUGAGCUGCUGGACGCAGGCAUCACAGGAUGGUUCUUCUUCAGGGACAGGGAGAAACACGUAGGAAAAGUACCACUUGUUGGACUCUUUGAGUUCUUUAAGUUCAAGUACCAGGUGAACGUGGAUGGAACAGUCGCAGCAUAUCGCUUUCCUUACCUGAUGCUCGGGAACAGUCUGGUUCUUAAGCAAGACUCCCAGUAUUAUGAAUAUUUCUACAGCCAUCUUAAACCAGGCUCUCACUACAUUCCCAUUAAGAGAAACCUGUCAGACCUUUUGGACAAAAUCAAAUGGGCCAAAGAGAAUGAUGCUGAAGCACAAGAGAUUGCCAGAGCGGGUCAGACAGAGGCCAGAGAGCUGCUGCAGCCCAGCAGACUGUACUGUUAUUACUACAGCGUGCUGCACAUGUACUCGGAGCGGCAGAUAGGACAGCCGACACGCCACGCAGACAUGGAGCUCGUUUCUCAGCCAGAUGACCACACUGCUGUGUGUAUAUGUAAGCGCAAAAGCCACAAAGAAGAAACCAACAUGAAGGAUGAGCUAUAAUGGAAUCCUUCCGUAGUUUUUGUCAUUUUUUUUCUCUUGAACAUUCCUGACAUUUAAGAGUGGCAAUAAUUGAAUGUUACUGAUUCUCACAAGAAAAUAAAUGUGAAUUUCACAGUUUACAGUUUAGCCUUACAAUUGUUUUUAUUUUGGAUAGUUGAGGAAUGAUUUAUGCUAAAAUCUCUGUCCUCGGUUAUUUCAGGACGAGGCUGCAGGACAUAGUCCUCAAAAUGAUAAUGCCACUCUGAAUGUUAAGUACUGUGUUUUGUUGUUUUUUGUGCCUUUGUAAUCCAAGAAACUGAGGAUAUGAUUGCUGUUUUGUAACUGUGCCUUUGCAUUGACAUGUUUACAGUAUUGUCUUAAAAUGAAUACUUCUUAAAUAAAUCUUCAAAAUCUCGAAAUACCAUCCUUAUA